CCUUUUAUGUGACGAACACUCCAUGCCAAAAUAAUUCACGCCAAACAAUAUCAGGAACUAUUCUGUGUGGCCUCCAUAGCCACCCACCCACCUCAGCAAUGAUGGCCUUGGCUGAUUUUCACUACACCACAGGGAUCAGCAGUGGAUUCAAGGUCUACAUCUUGGAAGGUCACCCUUCUUUUGAGAAUGAGCAGAGGUUCCAACGCCUCCCAUCCCAUCGGUUUCCUGUCUAUUCAAUCAAGCGCAAGCUCAGUGUUGAUGCCAGAAGAAGCCCGGAUCCCAUCCUGGAGAGGCAGAAGGUGUCGAAAAUGAUGAGGCGCUCCACGUGUGGGCCUGUAGCAAGCUCUCAAGAACAGGUGGCUCUGCCUGCUUCACAACUCCCAGGUCUGCCCCCGGCUGUGUCCUGUGUUACCACACCCAGAACCGAGCCUUGCAGGGAUUCUUCUCCAGUGCUUCACCCAUCCUGCCCUCACAGAUGCCCCUUGAGGAAGCCUCUGGUGGAUCCUGCCUCCCUCACCAUGUCCCAGUUGCAGCAAAUGCGUCCUUCUGUCAUCACCUGUGCCCCCCGCCGGAGCUGCCCAGAGACACGUCCAAGCCUCAGUCCCCCGAUCUCCCCAAUUAAUCAGAAGAGCAACACAACCCCAGAUUCUCCCCGCUCACAGAGGCUUCCGCCAUGGACCACCAGCCCAGCAGGGCCUUCUGCCCGAUUCAGUAGAGAAUCAUCUCAGAAGGAGAAAAUCCAGGAAGCAGACGAGACUCUUUCCCCCAUUCCUUGAUCGUCCUUGGCUUUGUCCUUGGCACUACUGUACAGCCCCAACCUUCCUCAACCCCCAGGGCUUCUUAAUAUUUUGGCGUACCUCUUCCAUCAUCCAGGCCCAACACAUCUGGAAAGUCUGCCAGGCUGGGGCAUGGUUGGUGUGUCUCAUUCUUUCUAGGGCUGGACCCAGAAGUCCUGAUUGCCUCCUUUCCACCCUCCUUAUUUCUUGGAAGCUGCUGUUCCUCCUGUUCUAUCAUGGGCCUUCCUUCAAAAACUCUUUAGUACAACCUCUUAUUCCUUUUUCUGCCCUGUGUAUGUCUCAUGGGCCCACCCACUAGUCUUUUUCAGUGCCUGCUAGAGCUCAACCACAUACCCACAAAUUUCACCGAUUCUCUCUCUCUCACACACACACACACACAAACACACAUACAAGCUGGAGAAUCUUGAUUCUUUGGGUUUUACGAUUCUCCUCUUUUAAAAAACAGUUUUUUAAAAGACAAAAUGUUUGUGACAUUCCUGCCACAUCUGUUUUGAUUUUGAGAAGUUGGUGUGGGCCUUGGAGGAUCUUAGGUUUGGGAAAAAUAGGUCCCAAACUUGCAGAGUUUGCCCAUUUCUGCUUUAAACCCACUGCUGUUUUUUAAAAAACAAACAAACAAACCCUAGUUUGGUUCCAAAGGAAUUUCACUUCCAAAUCAGGGUCCUUUUCCUCACAUCAAAAUGUUAGUGGGGGUAUUACAGCUCAAUUCCCCAGCCCUCAUGGAUUCUACGAACUUUACUCUUUUUUAAAAGGGUAAUAUUUGUAAUAUCUGCACCUAAGAGAAGAAUCUCCUUGCAGCGUCCUUGCUGUCCUCUUCCAGGAGAGUCUAAAAAUUUUGGCAGCUGGAUUGGUGCAUAUCAACAAAUAAGAAACAGGUCUUUUUUUAAGGGAAUGGCUCUUGAUUGCCUAUACAAUUCCAAAUUACUCUCAAAAAAUUGCAUUGCUCUAUAACAAGGAUAGCUUGCAACAAGAUACUGUUCUUAGGUGAAUCCACAUCUCUCCCAGUGGCCCAGGAGGACAGCAGUUAAGUUCAGAGGGAACACAGCAGUCUAAAGGACAUGACAGAUAAUGUAAUAGUCCCUGGUAAUCAGAAAGUCCAAGGAUUUCAACCUGACAAGCCCUAGCUCCAUUGUGCGACUAGAUGUAUACUGCUUUUGUUAUGUGGAAGCUCCAUUUAGAUAUCCUACACACUCUUAUCUAUCCCAGUCCUUAUAAGCAAUAAUCCUUAUGUAGAUCAAACAGUACUAGCAAAGGUUAAGAGGGGGAAAGAGCCCAAAAAACCCACGACAACCGUUAAGAGGGGAGCUGCCAGGUGAACCUGAGGAAAUGCUAAGGUUUGCAGAAGUACAAAAUCAUCUUGAGGGAGAAUGUGUUUGCAAAGGAAAAUCCCAAAAUAGUCAAUGGCCAAAGAAGAAUGGUUGCAAACUAAAAAUGGAAACCUGAUGGGGAGUAGAAAGGAGUACAGCAAGACUCCCUUAUUUGCAGGAUCAGUAUCUGCUGAUUCAUUUAUCCAUGGUCUGAACAUAUUAAAAAAUAUUGAAAGAAAAAUCCUAGAAAUAUAUAUUUCUAAAGAUGAAAUUUCUAGAAUUGGCCAUAAGGGAGCGGGAGAGCAUGCUAUUUAUAAUGUUUGCUAUUAAAACAGCAUUCACUAUAAUCCAAAUUUUCACCAUCCAUCCAAGGUGGCUUGGAAUCAUUUCCCAUGGAUACAAGUAUCCUGCUGUAUUCUAGAAAACAGUCGGAAUUAAAUAGUGAACAGGUGCAUUGCAUGCUGCAACAUUUUGUAGCAUGAUUCAUAUGUGGAACUGGAGCACACACAGUGGCUGUAUACUAGACUCUUCCUCUCUAGACAGAGAGUAAGAUUUCAGUCUACAAGUCUUUCCCAAAAGGAGGCAGGGGAGAAGAUAAAGAUAAAUAAGCUAAAGGUCAACAUUAACCUAGGCCAGGGCAGGAAACGACUGAGCUGGCCAAAGCUGUCCUGGCAGUGAAAUGAAAAAACAAAUUCAGGCUCUGAUCAGCCCUGGAAUGGAGAACUGAAACGCAGUCUUCCCUCGGAGAGAAUCUCAGCCAAUGAAACCAAGAGAAUGCCUCAAAGACACUUUCUGUUUUGGUUUCCUCUGGGCAAACAUGUGAGGGAUUUACGAGAAAAAUGCAAGAAAGGGGAAAUGGCAGCUGAGUCACUCUGCAUGCAGGAGCAGGACCGACAAGGAAGCUCUGGGAGAAGAAGUGGACCAGGAACCUUUGUCCCUGGGCGAUUAAAUCCAAGACCAAAGACUUUCUGCACGAGACUCUCUCAGGCACACUGAAGGGGAACUUUCCCACGUCUGCACACACGCAUACCCCCACACAGUUUUUUAUUUGUAAUUCAUGAGUUUCAAUAAA